CUGUCCCGGAAGCGGAAGUGACGCUCGCAACCGCUAGGUCAAGCGGCCAAGAUGGCGGAAGCGGCGGGAGGAGAACUGCCGGUUCUGCCCGACUCGGUGAUGCUGCGGGUCCUGGCGCUGCUGCCGGUGCGGGACCGGCUGCGGGCGGAAAGGGUCUGCCGGCGCUGGCAGCGGCUGGCGCGGGACCGGACGCUCUGGAGACAUGUGGAUCUGAGCCCGUGCCGGCGCCAGAUCAGCUCCCAGACCCUGUGGUACCUGGUGCGGUGGCGUUUCUGUGACAGCCUACGGACGCUGCGGGUGGGAGGCAAGCUCUGGUCCGGCAGCAAGCGGCAGCUCCUCUCCCCGGCGCUGCUGGCCGCCCUCGGGAAGCGGUGCCCCCAGCUCCACCGGCUGUGCCUGGCAGAGAUGGACCUCCGCCCCAUCCCCUAUGAGAGCAUCCCCCCUUCCCUCACGGCGCUGGAGCUGAGUUACUGCGAAAUCCCCGCCGCCUGGUUCUGCAGCUCUGCUGGGAGGACCCUGCCGCAGCUGCAGCACCUUGUUGUCCACAAGGUCCCAGCCUUUUCCAAUUGCCAUCUGCUGAACGUCUCCUCCCAGAGCCGCCUGAAGACGCUGAGCCUUUCUGGCACCUACCGCAUAACAGAUACAGGGAUUCAGGCCGCGGCUCCGCACCUGGAGUUGCUGGAGCACCUAGUGCUGCACGACUGCCGCAUCGGUGACUCUGCCAUGGACUUUGUCGGGCGCCACUUGAAACAUCUCCGGUUCCUGAAGAUUGAGAGCACUUACCCACUGACGAACGUGGGUCUGGCUUGUUUAGCAACCCUGCAGCGCCUGGAGACGCUGUGCCUCGACGUCGGCCACGAGAUUCCCCCCAGUGCCAUUAUUGCUUUGUGCCAAGCACUGCCCCAGCUGAAGAACCUCAAAUUAGGCAGGGCUUGCUUUGAGGAUGGAGUAAUAGAUAAAAUUCAGGCGAGUUUGCCCCACUGUAGUUUUUCACGUACUCCUUGACACGCAGCCUGAAGCGACAGGGCUUUUGCCAUUCACUGUUACACCUCAAGUGCUCUUUUUGGGGUAAAGUCUCUUUUCCUGGGAGCUGCUGUACAUAUUUGUGCGAUAGAAUUUUUGUUGGGGCUAAACCAGCAAGUGUGUCACGUGAAGUGGUUUGUCAGGAACUUACUUCUGGUAGGAUCCCUCCUUUUCCGGGCAUCAGGGGAAUAGGAAACCUGGGGAGCAGCCAGCCUUGGGGAACCCCAGUGAUGAGCUGACCAAAGACUGGCUGAGGUUACAAGUUUAACCUCUGCCUCUUCCUCCUCUUCCCCCGCUGCUAAAUGUCAGGCAGCAGCUUAACGAGGGCAGAAUUCAGGGAGUAAAGCGAGGUACUUUCCCGCCACUGGGGAAAAAAAAAGGUCUGGUCGCCCAAACCCCAGAUUUCCAGUUAAUAUCUAACUCCGAUUGCUUAACCGCCCUGCACGUACACUCCAAACUCUGCCGGGGAAGAAAUACCUCAGCGACACGUGCCAGAGCUGCUGUGUUCUUGGAAGGGCUCAGCCAAUCCACCCAGACAGCGAGCGUUUCAGUCCAGGAUGUCACCUUUCUUCCACUUCCCUUCAAAUUCAGUUCUUUGAGUUACCAGAAAGGUUUUGAUCGCGGGGCUUCCGGAACACCUGGUGCCGAGAGCCACGGGUCCCGUUUGCACAGCAGAUGGGCUGGUGCGAGCUCUGGGGCAUCGCCGGGGGCUGCUGUCGCCUCCGGGCUUUGCUGGGCUGUGCAGCAGGAGCAGCCAUGUUUCCUCAUCACCUUUUAUUGUCCUCCUCCUCCUCCCCGCAGCGUCUGAACACCAGAUAACUGACGCUGAGCCUUGUGACAUUGCUGCCGUUGAGUCAGCCACGGAUGUUUUGAAAUCAAAUAUUGUAUUUAAUAAAUACAAACGCUGUUGAUUUA